CUGAGGAUUGUUGUUGUUGUGUUGUUGGGCAAGGCAAGACGUCAACUCAACUUGUACAUGACUUGUGUCUUGUGUUAUCUGUACAUUCGUGCUAUUUUCUAAGGCUUUUGGUUUUACUUUUUGUCGUUCAUCUUUUCAAUAGAUCUGUGGGUUUGCUAAUUUUACAUCAGUUUUAAUUGCCAGCGAUAAAGCGGUCACGGGUCAAACGGUCAGAUAAAAUUAGAUCAUUUUCUGAAAGGAGCUCAUUCAUUCUCUUGGCUAUAAAAUGGCAUUAAGAAUUCACCUAGGCGUGAGAACUUCACCAGGAAACUAUAAACGUGUCACUUUAAAUGAUAUCAACCUCUCUACUAAAAUUGGAGACUUGAAAGUAGAAGCUGGCAAACUUACAAAUCUGCCCAUGGAAAGUCUGGAGUUGUCCUAUUGUGGAAAUCUAUUAGAAGAUGACCACUCAGUUUUUGAGUGCAACUUACAGUCUGGUGUCACUGUUCACGUAUUAAAGAAGCAUGUCCCUAACGAUUUUUCUAAACAAGUGGAAAAAAUGACUGAGGCCCAGGUUAAACAGCUUGCUGGUACAUUUACUGUAAUUUUUCUUGAUCCAGCCUACAGCAAUACACUGCAUGAAAUGAUGAAGCAACCCUCACAAAUAGAGAAUCUGAUAAUGGUCACACCAGCUUUAGUAGAUGAUCCAGUAGCUAUUGCUAUUUUGCAAGACCCUAUCCUCAUGGAACGUAUGGCAGACCAGGCUACAGCUAAAAGAAUGGCUCAACUUCAUCCUGCCUUAGCUGAAACAGCCAACUAUAUCGCCAAAGCAGUUGAAGAGGAAGCGGCAAAGCCAAGUACGACCCCUCACCCUGUCAACUAUAAUGACAACAAUUACCCUUACCACAUGGAGGACUUCACAGAUGAUGAAGAAAUGGAUUCAUCUCAGUCUUCAGAUUCUGUUCCAUCUCAUGGAACUCGAGGCCACAUCACAAGUUCACAGCUGGCAGCAGCUUUGGCAUCAGCGACAGCAGGUGCAUUCCCACCGUUCUCCAGCUCGCUGUCAGGUCCCUCACAAGCCUCAACUUCCUCUGGACAAGGAAGUAGCUCUGGUUCCGUAAUCACCUCUGAUAUGCUGCAGAGUGCUCUGGCCGUAGCAAGCAAUCUGCACAGUUCAUCUUCCAGCUCACCCAUGAUGCCACCCCCACCUAUUCCACCAUUCCCUGCAUCCCAAAGCAGUGCUGCACCCCUUGCACCGCUUUCCCAGCCUCAGCAAAUCCAACAAAUGCAUGACCUGGGGCUGCGUGACGAUGUGGUUAAUUUGCAUGCCCUCUCCAUCACAGGUGGCGAUGUUCAAGCUGCCAUUAAUCUCGUUCUUAGUGGUGUUAUCACUGGUGAUGAUGAGGACCAGUGAGUUCCUCAGGGGCAAAACCUGUGGACAUUUUGGUGUUUUUUUUUCUUUUGGAAAUUUUAUGUGAUUGUUUUUGUAUCAUGGUAAUUUGAUAAAAUGUAGGCUUUUUUUCCUUUA